UCAGAAGUACAGACGAAGUGAACUUCACAAGGUAAGCAGCACUCCGGGAGAGCACUUCACUUCUCGUGUCCGCUCUGACCAGCCAACAAGACUGAAGAUGGCGACUGCUGCUGCUGUUGCUCCUCUACUGUUCCUCUGCUUCUUAUUCACCAUCGUCAGUGUGUAUGGGCUGACGUGUUGGCCGUGUCAAGGCGUGGUUUGCCCUUCUAUCGACACGUACGACUGUCCCAGCGGGGUGGUGAAGAGCGGUUGCGAGUGCUGCCACGAGUGUGCCAAGGAGCAAGGGGAGAAGUGUGGAGGAAGCUUUGAUGUGUUUGGUAAGUGCGCAGAAGGUUUAGUAUGUGUGAGACAGGUUGGUCAGGAGGGUCGUCCUACCUUCAUAACCUGGGAAGGAGUGUGUCUCACGCCCCAGCAAGCUGAGUCCUCCAUCACCAGCAGUACUGGACCUCCCCGUGACACUCCUCUACCCGCGAGUACCACCACGCCCAGGACGUCGCACCUCAAGAGGAGUAUUCCUGCAGCCAUCAACAACUCUCCCAUCUACUGAUCGGAAGUGAAAGUCAUCAACCAGCCAGCUUCUCUCUGCAGUCGCAGUCACAACUGAUGUGUUGACUAGUAGCAGUCGAUCUCGCCUGCUGGCUGUGGCUGCUGCUAGACUACUACUACCA